AGAGCUGGAGACCUGGGAAUCUGCUGUCAACUGCUGGGGCUGUGGACAUUCUCAGGACCCUCACCAUGAAACACCUCCUGUUGCUCACCCUGUCUGCCCUACUCUACUGCUGGGUCUCAGCUGAUACUCGAUGUCACUCCUGCUACAAAGUCCCUGUGCUGGGCUGUGUGGAUCGCCAGUCCUGCCGCCUGGAGCCGGGCCACAAAUGCCUGACAACAAACGUGUACCUUGGGAAGAUGUGGGUUUUCUCUAACCUGCGCUGCGGCACACCAGAAGAGCCUUGUCGGGAGGUCUUCAACGAAACCAACCAUAAGCUGGGCCUGAACUACAACACCACCUGCUGUGACAAGGAUAACUGUAACAGCCCGGCUCCACGGCCCACACCCGCACUGGCCCUCAUCUCCCUCACCUCCUUGGCUGGCCUCGGCCUCUGGUUAUUGCAUUGAGACUAGCUCCAUGGCUACAAUCUUACCACCUGCUAUAGCCUGAGCCUUUCUCCCUGUGUCCUCAGAGCUCCAGCUUUCCAGAAUCUUCUCUCCUCCCACCCCCUUCUUCUGAAGAUCAUGUCCCUAGUCCUAUACCAUUUAUUUCAUGGGACUGUACCUGGAGUGGCCUUUCUAGCCACCGCUCCUCUCCCUCACUUGUCACCUUCCACUCCAUUCCACCCACACACAGACACACAGACACACAGACACAAAGACACACACACACACACACACACACACACACACCCAGUCCUUUCCCAUUUCCUUCUAGAACACUCUACCUCCUCCACUGGCCACUGAAAGGCUCCCCUCCUUGGACGCACACUGCUGUGCCUCUGGGAUCUAAGUCUGGAAGAACUCCUGUCUUGUCUCCAGGGAGUGAUUCCAAAAGGCGCUGGCCUCAUUGCAUGGGCCUGGCUUACCAGACCCUCUGCUUGUCCCCUUCUAUCUUGAGAAAUAAACAUCAGUGUCUAAU